UUCUUCUCCUUUGCUUUUAUACGCUCUCUCCUUACUAAGCACUUUUCUUCUCUCUCUCUCCUCUCUCUAUCCAUCCUGCUAUCUAACACACAUCCGUUCGAUCUUUUAUUAUUUCUUUAAUCAGGGAAUUUUUACUCCACUUUACACUUUUGAGUUAUCUCUAUUAUUUGGUGCUCUAAUACUCUCUCUCUCUCUCUCUCACUCUUCUCUAUAAUAGGCUCUUCUCUCUCUCUCCUCUAUAAUAAUAGGCUUUCAGUCUAAAAAUCCACCGCCCUCCUCUCUUUCCUGGCCUCCAACCAUGGCAGACCCCUACAGCAAUUUCUUCGAAGGAUACCACAAUUACCACCCUUACUCCACCAACCCUGCUCCCCCUCCAAUUGCCAUCCCCACCUACAACUUCUACAGCACGCACAGCUACAACCACAACCCCCACCUCCCAACCCCUCCCCCCUCCCCUCCCCUCAGGGAGGCCCUCCCUCUCCUUAGCCUUAGCCCGACAAGGCCACCAGAGGAGGAGGACACCUGUUGCAGUGAAGCCAAGAAGAAAGCCAUGAGGAUUGAUGAAGAAGCUGAUGAUGGUGAUGAUGAGCCUGUGACGGUGGCCCUUCACAUAGGCCUUCCAAGCCCGAGUGCAGCUGAUCUCAUCUCCAGAGUCUCCUCCACCGCAGAGGACAGUGGAGACAAAGAAGGAGAAGGUGGUGACGAUGUGGUUCUUCUAGGCUACCCUUCCACUCCUAUAGGAAGGCUCAACAAGGGCCAGUACUGGAUUCCCACCCCUUCUCAGAUCCUUAUUGGCCCCACCCAGUUUUCCUGCCCCGUGUGCUUGAAGACCUUCAACAGAUACAACAACAUGCAGAUGCAUAUGUGGGGGCAUGGCUCACAAUAUAGGAAGGGUCCGGAAUCUUUGAGGGGCAUCCAACCAACUGCAAUGCUGAGGCUCCCAUGCUAUUGCUGUGCACCGGGGUGCCGGAACAACAUAGACCAUCCAAGAUCAAAGCCACUGAAGGACUUCAGGACCCUCCAGACCCACUACAAGAGGAAGCAUGGAAUCAAGCCCUUCAUGUGCCGGAAGUGCGGCAAGGCCUUCGCAGUGAGGGGGGACUGGAGGACACAUGAGAAGAACUGUGGCAAGCUCUGGUACUGCAUCUGUGGAUCUGACUUCAAGCACAAGAGGUCGCUGAAGGACCACAUCAAGGCCUUCGGGCAUGGCCAUGCAGCAUAUGGCAUCGACUGCUUUGAGGAGGAGGAUGAGCCAUCAUCUGAGAUCGAACAAGACGGUGAUCUGUCGCGAUGAGUGGAGGGCAUGCAGUGUAGAAGAAGUGGGGUCUGGAGUUGGUACAUGGUUUGAUAUUUGGUAGCUAGUGAAUUGGCUCUAUCAAAUGUAGCGAGCCCUCCUAAUUUCGAAUUGAUUUAGUUAGAGGGUUCUUUGCUCUCUUUGUUCUGGUUUUAGUAACCGACCGAUAUGAAAGCAAUGUAGGCCAAUGGCUUUGUAAAUGGAGUUGCCUUAGUUUCUCUUUCUUAACUUUAACUUGGUUCGUGCAAGUUCUACUGUACUUUUAAUUUGUUAGAUGAAAUGGAGAGCAUUGAAUUGAGUUA